AUAUAUAUCCUGUUUAAAUUGAUGUGAAUCUGUUUUACUACGCAUGAAAAAACGUUUACCUUACAUAAGUGAAAACAACUAUUCUAAUUGUGAAUGCUGAGAAUGAAGAGUUUUGGAAUUUUAAUCGCUCUCUUGGUAGUCGUUGAGGAGACUCGGGGUGGAGUUCCCCAUGGGUCCCACGGACUUAACAGAUAUGGACGUCCAGUGAUACCGUGCAGCAGCUCGAGCGAGUGCCCCGACAAUUCGUGCUGUAGGAACGCGGACGGACAUCUGGUCAAUGGGGAGGGACAGGAAUUGUGGGGCGGCCUGGAGCUCGGAUUGGAGAACGGGACGUGCAGUAGGGCCGUUAGCGGGCCGGGAGCUGUGUGCACAGAACGGUGUGGAUGUCAGAAAGGUUACACGUGUUAUCGAACCGUAACAGGAUUCUGCUGCCCACCAACGACAUGCUGGGAGGCGGAGAAGGCCCGGAUUGACAGAGAAUACUGGCAAAAUUGCUCUAAGGACCCGGACUGCCAUUUUCCGCCAUCCGUGAACCCCGGUGGUCAAGGGAUUGGCGGUCUGAAGUGAAUAUGGGAGAAAACUGAUUUUCUUUUGCCGAUAUAGAAGGAAAAAAUACAUAAUAAAAGUGUUA